AUGCUUCAUGCAAUUAAGAGAAAGCUAAAAAAGCGGGAGCGUUUAGAGCAGCAAACUCUUCGAGAAGGUGUCUCUUUAGAGCGUAUUUCAAGUAAUCUUUCGACUCGCGAUGAGCUAGGAGUUGUAUUUGAUCAAAAAAUUAUAGAAAGGGAAAAUAGGCUUGGACGCUACAUUAUGAUUUUAGGACCCAAUGAGGCAAAGGAAACCGAACCGUCAUUACUAUUAGUAUAUCCUUCUUGCAAUUUUCAAUAUUCAGAUUCAUCUUUUGAAAGAGUGGCGCAGUUUUGUUACCCGACUGGUAUGGAAUAUCCAAUAAGGCCAGACGAUGUAAUUCAAAAUCAAUUUGUUUUUGGCCUCAACGAGGAUGGUUCGUUGAUUUUUGGUACUUGCACGCAUUUUGUAUUACAAAAGUCAUGCUUUAUAGGUCAGAGUAAUCCCACGAAAGUAUAUUGCAUUUGUACAAUGACUCCAAACCCGCAAUUUUCUGCUAUUUUCAAAUUUCAUGAAUUUCUAAUAUCAAUAUUAUCAGGCACUGUUACUUGCAUCCCAGCAAACAUAACUAUCCCUGAAAAACCAGAAAGAUGGAACGAAAUUUCAACUGACAGAGAAAGAUUUUUAGAAUUUACUCCAAAACUCACAAAACUCAUUGCAUGCCCACUAUUUUAUGCUGUAAAUCACUCUGGUGUCAAUCAUAUCCUUAUUAACGCGAUCAAACUUCAUCUCCAUAUUUCUUGUUCAGCUCCAGUCGAAAUAACCCUUACGCCAGACAUUACUGUUGUAGUUAAUGACGGUCUGAACUCCAGCUGGGCCAUUGCUUCUGCCAGUUUCGAUUAUUUGUUUUCAUACCUUUCUUCUGAGAACAUUGUUAGGUAUAUGCGUGCAUUGAUGACUGAGCAAAGGAUUGUCAUUACAGGCAACAACAUUUCAGCCAUUUCUAUGAUUGCCAUCGCAUCUUUAGCAAUUUUGAGUCCAAUGAGCUACAAAGGAUCACUUCUUCCCAUUAUUCCAGACCAGGAUGAGUUACUUGACUUCUUAGACACCCCAAUUCCCUUUGUUUUCGGUGUUGCAUACACAGAUAAAUACAAAUCUCGAGAAAUGACACCGGACACCACUAUUUUUAAUAUUAAUACAGGCACCGUCACAUAUCCAGACAGUAUGCCUCAUAUGCCGCACGCCUCAAACGUCCGAAAACAUUUCAAGACAUUAUUGUCAUCAAAAGAACUUCGCGCUGCUCAUGAUGUGAAAUUCUUCGAAUUCCGCAAUAAGCAAGGCAUUCCUACGCGCAUGAAAAGGGUUUUUAUGACAAAAUACAUUAUGAAUCGAAGAGAAGUCGAAGAGAUGUUACAAACGUUCAAGAACUACAAUGAGCGAUUCGUAUCAAUGGAGAAACUCGCUGGUUGCAGAGUCAGAGACACAACUGACCCGAAUAAUCCGAAAUACGGUUUUGUAAAAGAGGCCUACAUGAUAGAUGUACCAGAAGAAGACUAUGAUUUCAUUGAUAUGUUUGUUGGAACUCAGACUUUCCAAGGAUACUGCGAAAAUUCUUUCUUCACUUGA